AUGCAACACGUAGCAGAAACUGUUGGGGGUCGAAUUGCUCAGCUUCAACAAAAAUACGAGGAUUUGAAGCCUUUUUUGGAUCAAAUAAAUGAAAUUGACGAAGCUAGCAAAAGAAUGGACCAAGCAGUUACAAUGUUAGAUAAUUAUUUGGCUGUUUUAGAAACAAAAAUACGAAAAUUAGUGACCUAAAUAUUUUUUAAGAAAAUAUUCUUUUAAAAAUAAAAUUCUUUUAUAAAAUCAAUUUUUGUUACAUUUUUAAUGGUUAAAAACAAACCCUUUUUAUUUAUUUUCUUUCUAAAGCUUUACACUUUUCCUUUUUGUUUUAGAUUGGCUCUAGUUUUUAGUUUAUAUCAAAUGAGCUAGUAAAGCAAUCAAUUUUCUCUUUAUUUUGGCCCUUGCAGCAUUUUUACUAAAAAUUAUUUUUUAAACUAAAAAUGCGUCGAAAUGAUAAAAAUCAACGUAAAGAACAUCACCAUUCGGCACCCCCGGAGGAAGGCACAGAAAUGAGUUAUGUUGAUAAAGGAAUUAGCAAUUUUGGACAAUUACAUUUAAAUUAUGAGAAUAGUCGAUUGACAAAUUUAACUUUGAGCCACAACAAAAUAACACUUCUCCCAUCA